ACCCGGGUGGAGCUCAUUCCACACACCAUUCCAUCUCAUUUUUCUCUUCCAAACUCCCCUUUCUUCACACAAUGUCGGGUUGGUCCCCAGAUUUGAACACCUUCACGGAUCUCUUGCAGUCCGAUGGGUCACCUACAACCCUUCCGUUAGAUGAGUCUUCUUCACUACAUCGUCGCUCCGAUGUUUCAGCCUCACUCCCCCGUGCACUAUUUCCGGCUGCGCGUCCACCACCAUACCCUUAUCCCUAUCAUUUGUAUCAAUAUCCACCGUCUUCAUAUGGUCAACCUCCAACUUCCCAAGCCGGAAUUCAAGCCUCAUUCCCGGUACGUCCGUAUGCCCCUCCCCCACCUGCUGCGGACGGAAGUCAAGCUUCUUUCCAGAUACCUCCAUACGCCCCUCCUCCAUAUGCUCCACCUCCGUAUGGAGUACCUCCUUAUGCUCCAUAUGCUCCACCUCCGUAUGGAGCACCUCAUCCAUAUGCUCCACCUACGUAUGGAGCACCUCCUCCAGUUGCACCUUUAUCUGUUGGAUCUGAAAACCAAGCUGAGGAAAAUCCCGUGCCGAAGGAAAAGCGUCCAAAGAGGCUAGAGUGGACGAAGGAAGACGAGGAAAAGCUGGUUAAUGCUUGGUUUAUGCAUUCUAAUGAUCCCAUCUCCGGCAACAAUAAGAGCGGAUCAAGUUUCUGGGGCCAAAUAGCGGCAACAUAUAACUCCACCUCCGACCCUAUCCGUCAUCGAACCGCCAAGCAACUUAAAGAUCAUUGGGUCACCUACAACCGGGAGGUGACCAAGUUCAAUGGAUUCUACCUCCAAGAAGAAAGGUUGCGUCAAAGCGGAGCUGACGAUGCAAUGGUCAUGGAUGCAGCAAUGGCGAGGUUCGAGGGUAAAAUGGGGCAUCCAUUUAAGCGCCAUCAUUGGUGGCAAGUUGUUCGCCACGAGCCCAAGUGGUCAGCAAAGCAUGGUCUUGGUAGUUAUUCUGAUUCGACUGCGAAUAAGAGAACUCGACUCGGAGUCUCUAGUGAAUAUAGUUCUGGAGGCACUGAAGACACCGAGGAGGAAGUGCCCCGACCAGUGGGGCGUGAUAGGGCAAAGGCGGCUGCGUGA